GGGAGACCAGCUAUAGUGAAUGCAGGGUCCAGGGAGACCAGAUACAGUGAAUCCGGGGGGCGACUGGAUAUAGUGAGUCCGGGGAGAGCGGAUAUAGUGAGUCCGGGGAGAGCGGAUAUAGUGAGUCCAGGGAGACUGGAUAUAGUGAAUGCAGGGUCCGGGGAGACCAGAUAUAGUGAAUGCAGGGUCCGGGGAGACCAGAUAUAGUGAAUGCAGGGUCCGGGGAGACCAGAUAUAGUGAAUGCAGGGUCCGGGGAGACCGGAUAUAGUGAAUGCAGGGUCCGGGGAGACCGGAUAUAGUGAAUGCAGGGUCCGGGGAGACCGGAUAUAGUGAAUGCAGGGUCCGGGGGAGAGCAGAUAUAGUGAAUGCAGGGUCCAGGAAGAGAAGGUGAUAUGUUUGGA